CCCCGGGAGCAGCGUCCCCGGGCCCGUCCCGUCCCGGAUGGCCCCGCGGCGGGUCCCGGCGGCGGGCGGGCGCUGAGCGGAGCCCCGCGGGCGGAUGCCGGGUGGGGGCCGGGCGGUGCGGGCAGCGGGGGGCCGCGACCCGGGGCUCGCCGCGCCCCUCCGGCCCCCCACGGCCCCGGAGAUGCGCGUUUGGCUGCCCCGUGGCUUGUUGGUACCUGCGGGAGGGCGCCCGGUGGAAAGUCCCUUCCCUUCAUGAGCAGCUCCUGCUCCUCGCCCGGGCUCUCGCCAUGGACACUAUGCAAACCACCUACAUCGUGCUGGAGCUGAUCAUCGCCGUGCUCUCCAUCGCUGGCAACGUCCUGGUCUGCUGGGCUGUGGCCAUCAACAGCACCUUGAAGAACGCCACCAACUAUUUCCUGGUGUCCCUGGCGGUGGCUGAUAUCGCCGUGGGGUUGUUGGCCAUCCCUUUUGCCAUCACUAUCAGCAUUGGAUUCGAGGUGGAUUUUCACAGCUGUCUCUUCUUCGCCUGCUUCGUGCUGGUGCUGACACAGAGCUCCAUUUUCAGCUUGCUGGCGGUGGCCAUCGACAGGUACCUGGCUAUUAAGAUCCCACUGAGGUAUAACAGCCUGGUGACUGGCAAGAGGGCAAGAGGACUCAUCGCCGUGCUGUGGCUCCUGUCCUUUGGAAUUGGACUGACUCCACUAAUGGGCUGGAACAAAGCCAUGAGUGGUUGUCCCAACGCCACCAACGAGACAGGGGCUGACCCGGGGACGGAGCACCACGGCUGCUUCAUCUCCUGCCUCUUUGAGAACGUGGUCACAAUGAGCUACAUGGUGUACUUCAACUUCUUCGGCUGCGUGCUGCUGCCACUUGUCAUCAUGCUGGGGAUCUACAUCAAGAUAUUCAUGGUGGCCUGCAAACAGUUGCACCAGAUCGAACUGAUGGGCAACUCCAGGACCACGCUGCAGAAGGAGGUGCACGCGGCCAAGUCUCUGGCCAUCAUUGUAGGACUUUUUGCCUUCUGCUGGCUGCCCCUGCACAUCUUGAACUGCAUCACGCUCUUCCACGAGGAUUUCUCCAAAUCCAAGCCCGAGUGGGUGAUGUAUGUGGCCAUCAUCCUCUCCCACGCCAACUCCGUCAUCAAUCCCAUCAUCUACGCCUACAGGAUCAGGGACUUCCGCUACACCUUCCGCAAGAUCAUUUCCAAGAUCCUCUGCAAGACGGACGACUUCCCCAAGGGCACCACUGACAACAACCAGCACUUGACUGUCACCAACAUUAACUGCCCAGUGGCCUCGGUGACCAUAUGACCCUGCAGGUCCUGCUCCUGGGAUUCCCAGCCCGUGCCCGGCGCUCCCCGUCCCCGUGCCCGUGUGAGCGGCCACGGCGGGCUCCGAGGGGGUGCUCGGAGAUGACCACUAUGCAGAUGUGCAGCUGUCUUUUUUAUUUUAUUUUUGUAAUGAACACAGUGCCUCGUGGAGGAGUAACCUGACGGGGGACACUGAGUGCAGCUCACCCUCCACCAUCACCCCGGGGUGGGAGUGCCGGUGAUCGUGUCGCGUUUCCUUUCCAGGUCGGACGUUGACUGGGGGAAGAUUCACCUGCUGGGGGUGUUUCCCCUAAUUGUGCUGCUCAUGUCAAGUCAUAGGAUCUUUAUUUUAAUUAUUAUUAUUAUUGUUAUUAUUAUUUUUUAAUAUUUUGAUUCAUUUAGGAGUAAUAAUUUUGUGUCUGUUUUUGAGUUGUUCUCUAAGUCCAUACUUGAAAGCUCUUUGGUAAUACCCUAAUUAUUCCAUCAAUUGUUUGAUGCAGCUAGUAUUCUCCGAUGGGAAAAAGUCUUACUUAGCCCAGUUGCUGGUGUGAAAUGGAAUCUGUGUUCCAGGCUCUGAGGGGAGGGACUGUGUGGAUGGGAAAACCAGAUCAGAACUGGCCAGCUAUUUCUGGCCCCAGCAUGAAAACCCUGCUUACUGAAAGAGUUGAAAAAAGAGUUGACCAAGGUUUUAGAACAGCAGUCUCACGGCCUUUAAAUCACUUUGGUCUACAGGGUUGUGCAGCCCAAAGCUUCAGGUUUGCUUUCAGGUCUGUUUCCAGAUGUCCAAAUGCAGAAGGCAGAGGUGCCCCAAUGAUCUUGGCUGGUCUGAUCCAGAGUCACUGAGGUCAGUGCCACUCUGACUUGGUGACAUGACCUCUACAAUCAGAUUUUUGCUCCCAAGUCAAAAUUUGCCAUCCUUGCAGUGCUUCCAGAAGUGCAGGUUUUAGCUGUGAGAGCUGGAUGUGCAGCUCACCUGGUCCCUAAAGCUCGAUCUGGCUUGGCAUCCUCUGCAGCCCUGUAACCCCCAGAAGCUGUGAAUACUUUUUUGUUUGUUUGUUUUAAUAGUAAUUUUUAUAUUUUUAUUUUUUUCUAAUGCUGACCUGCAUCAGUAACAAAAAGAGACAGGAAGGGAGCUAAAGUGCUAAUGUGUGUGAGAAGCUAGAUUGCCAUGGCUUGUGACCUGAUUUUGGCCAAGCUCUCACAGGUUGUCUAGCCUGGCCUCUGUAGUUGGCCAGGUGUCCUGGCCCUCACUCUGAGUCCCAAGCCCACUCAGCAGCAGAGCAGUCUUAAUUAUACUGCGGGUUAAUAACUCUCUGCAACCACAGCUCAGUAAUUACUGCCCCAAUUUAACGUGUAACUGUGAUAUCCAAAACUAGACCAAGGCAGAGAGAGCAGUGCAGUAAUUUCUGAAGAACAAGCUGAUCGUGGUGCAGAGAUGCAGCUGCUCCUGACUAGCUCAGACCUGCCAUCACGUUGUGGCCCUCUCACAAAUGGGAGUCUUGCCUGGAGGUUCCAUCUCCCUCCGAAGCACUCGGUGCCAGCAGCACCACCGUGUGACUGGUGAGGAGCUGGAGUGCAAGGACUGGUGUUAAAUGUGGUUUUCAGCAGUAACUCACACAGGGAGAGAGAGGGAGCAGGACUUCUGGAGCCAGGUUGCGGGGAAGGAAGUUUAAACACAGCCAGUUCCUGAAGAACAGGUCCAGCGGACAGACAGUGAUGCGUGAUGGGCAGUUUGCCCCUGAAAAAUUGUACUUGAAUCAUAUAUUUUUUUUAACUGUGUUGCACUAAAAGGGGGUUAAUACAAGACCCCAAGAAUUUAACUUCUCUGGCAAAUAUAAUGACAAAUACGGUGUAAAAUCAGUUGAAAAGCUGAUCUGAAGAAAUCUUGUUCCUGCAGCAUCUGCUCUGCCAGCUGGCAAGACCUGCAGGCAGCAGCUGCAGGAAUGACUUAGGGCCCACCAUGCACAGGGAAUGGUUCCCUGGGAGUGAUGGAUUUCAAUACCAUGUGUAGCAGCUCGGCCCUGAGAGCCAACCCCAAACCUGGGUGAAUCACCAGUAAGAUCUGAAUGGGUUUGUACAUAUUUAUGCAACGUCCAAAUUUAGCUACAGCUCAGUAUCUCAGAUAUAUGCAUUUCCAAGAAGAAUCUGAACAGUUAAAGUUACUGUCCCAAGUGCUUUUCCUUUAACAGCCCCAUUCAGCUUUGCUGCAUCUGCCUUGGUCACAGUCCAGCUGACACAUGUAGCCACCUCCUGCCAUUUGGGCAGGGUCUGACUCUCUCCUCCGCUCAUUCCUUCCCUUCUGUGUUAUCUUUGGCUGUGUUCCUUCUGUUAAUCACGGCUGGAAACAAGCAGGGUUUCACCUGCAGGUCUGGCAGUGUUGCACAGUGGAUGAGAGCCACAUUUAUUCUUACAACAAAGGACGUAAUCUCUCCCUUCUGCUGGCUGAAAACAAACCAAAUUCUGGACAGCACGAACAGACUGAAACUCACAGUGCUGUAAAACCAAAAGAGGAGGCCCCAGGACACUUGUUGUAUGUGACAGCUUGCACUGCAGCUCAGCAUCCACAACUGCUACCUUCAUCUGCCUCUUAUGGGCCAGAAUUCCUGCAGACGGGUGCGGUGUAUCCGACUGUGCUGCCGGGGUGUCAGGCAUUCACUGUGGCCCAGGUCACCACGGUCAUUAAGCACAGUAAGUGUCUUUGUGGAUCUGAGCCAAAGACAUUUGAAGGCAAAAUAAAAAUAGGACACUUCCCUUGCCCCCCCCCCCAAAAUAAAAAAAGCUCUGAAGGUUUCUAUAAAAAUGUGAAGUAAAAAUGGCCGAGGAACUUUCUGUAGCAAGUGCAGCUGAAACCAUUCAGCUGUCACUCCUCACUGCUCUGAUGUACAUAGAUGGAUGUGUUUUCCUCAUGUUGCUCAGAUUUUGUAUUUGCAGUAACUGUUAUUUACAUACAGAAUGCUUAAUUUACC